UAGACUCAUUCUUAUUUCUCUACCAUCUCUUUUUCCUUCUUUCUUUCUUUCUGUCUGUCGCACACAAAGGCCAAGCCUUCCAACAAAUUUACACAGUGCAUACUAAGAUACAGAACACACCCUAACCUCAACUACGUGUACUUCUACUUCUACUUCUACUUCUACUACAUUAUAAUUAUAAUGUAUACAUACAAUCUGAACCAAGAAAGAUUACCAGAGAAACACACAUACUAUAUGAAGUGAAGUAUAUUUUUCUAACAAUUUACACUUUUUAUUACUGCUACAAUUUUAUGCCCUAUAUUUAUUCCGUUCAUAAAUCCCUUCUAUUCCAUCUUUUUUUAUCAGGGAGUGGGUUACUUUUUUAUUCCCCUUUUUUCUUUCAAGAUAUUCUAAAUUUUCGAUUUCAUCAUUCCACCUUUUUUUUUAAAAUUAGGGUUCCAUUUAUUUGGGUGUGGACUUAGUACUAUUACUGCUACUGCUGCUUUUACUUGGCUUGAAUAAUUUCCGAAGCUAGGGUUUCCGUUGGAUCAGACUUUUGGAGUUGGGUUUUUUCGGAGAAAGGAAAUUUGGACUUUGAUUUAGGGUUUAUUGAUCCUAGCAGGCUAGCACGUAUACAAGUGGUGGGUUCAACUCAAGAUUUCAAUUUGGUGCAAUUUGCCUACUUAUUGAAGUAGAAUUGGGUCUUGAAGAUCAGUGGGAUUAAUUUUGGUAAUUUUGAGUUUUAACCCCGCAUUUUUUUAAAUUCGGUAUUUUUUUUGGUGUUAGAAGAGGGAAGAUAGUGAAUCAUAACAUUUCAAGUUUAAUUUAUUCCUAUUUUAGUUUGUAUACAUAAUUGACAAACUUGUUGGUGAAGCUGUGACCAAAUAAGUUGCUGACAAUCCUGGGGCAAUACAGCUGCAAAGCACGAGUUUGAGUGUUUUGGGUGAUUGUGGCAAGUGGGUUUUAAUUGGAUUUGAUGCUUGAGUAUUGGUGGUUUGAGUUUGAGUGUAUGCAAAACUUUUGAAGCUGGAAAUGAAUGUGGGGACAUGGUGCAUGAACAAGAGCUUAGUUGUUGGUUUGAUCUUAAUUUGGAACAUUGCCAUUGUAAUUACUCACUAAUCAAAGCAUUUUCCCUUACAAGGGGUGAUAGAUUACUCAGGCCCUUGGAAGUUUUGCAAUGUCGCGUUGCUUUCCGUUCCCUCCCCCGGGAUAUGAAAGGAAGACUAAAGCGGAUCAUUCUGACUUACUAAAAAAGGAAAAGAGUAAAGAAAAAAAGCACAAAAAGGAGAAGAAAGACAAGGAGAAGAAAGAAGGCAAAGAAAAACGUGAGAAAGAAAGAAGUGAUGAAAAACACAGAGAGAAGAAAGACAAAAAGGAGAAAAGCAGAGACAAAAGGAAAGACAGGGAGAAGGACCGAGCUGAGAAACAUAAAAGCGACUCCUUGCUUUCUGGCGAGAAGAAGGUUGCGGGGUCCAUUGAGAGCCAUGCUUCUAAUAUCUCUAAGAGCAAGGAGAGGGAAGAUAACAAAUAUGCUAUCUCAGCUGAGAAGAAAGCUGCCGUGGUAUCUGGCGUUCGCAAUGGGAUGCCGCCUAGUAAGAAUAAUUACCAUGUUUCUGGGUUUCAUAGUUUUGACAAUAUCCCAGAUUUGGGUCGGAAGAACAUGGAUGAAGACAGGAGAACAACAAAUCAUAUUCCUCCUGAUAAGAAUGUUGCUGAGAGAAAGAUAGAUGCAGGAAUUAAGCUGGAUGCAAGGAGUGGAAUGUCUCUCCAGGACGCAAAGGACAGGACCAAGGAGAAACCAGUUCUUGAUGGAAGGAUGGAUGGACUUGGUGUUCUUGGGGAUGCUAGAUCUAGUGAUAGUCCUCUGGUUCCACAUUCUUUUAGGUUGUUUCCUAAUUCUGUUGGAGUGCUUCCGUAUUCUGGAAUGGUUCAAAACAGAAAUGAAGGAACUCCCAAACCUUUGGAGAAGAAGAUGGAACACAAAAUGGACGGAAAAGAAAAAGUUAGAGAGAAAGAAGGUCAUGAUAGAAAAGGAGAUAGGAGAAAGGAAAAAGAUAGAGAGAAACCAGUUCUCAAGGACAGGGACAGGGACAAAGACAAAGAGAAGAAGAAAGAGGAGACACCUAAAGUGAAGCACUUGCAAGUGACAAGAAUUAAAGAUGGCAAUGAGAAUCACAUGAAGUCCAGUGCAAAGGAUGGAUUCAAAAAGGAUAUUUUGAGUGUCCAGAGUGUUGGGUUGCAUAACAUAACAAAGGAUAUCAAUCACCAUGCUGCUUCCGUGAAUAACAAUCCUAGGAAACGAAAGGACCCUGGGCAAAAUGGAAUUUAUGAUGAACAUAUCACUGGGCCUAAUAAGCUGGCAAGAAAGGCUCCUCCCCAUCCGUUGACCGAAAAUGGAAGGAGCCUGGAGCCUUGCCAGAAUUCUUCUGCUGCAUUUCUUCCUGGCACACAGAGGUCACCCAUGCAUAUUAAAGUAGGACCUAAUAUGCCUCACGAUGAUACACUGCAGCAAUCCAUGGAUAUGGAAAUGGAACGUAAUCUUACUCACGGACAUGCACAGAGGCCACGCAUGAAAAUUAAAGUUGAUGGAAAGGAAUGCAAGAUCAACGGCACAGUUGCCGAGUCUUGUCGAGAAACAACUGCAAAAGUAGAACGAAAGCCUGAUGCUCCUGCAAAGCCUUCACCUCAUCCAGAUACCAAGUAUCUGAGCCAGAUACUUUCAGUACCUAAACUUGAUGAACCUGAUUAUGAUGUUGAAGAGUGGCUGUUCAACAGCAAUAGCUCCUCGACAAGGGAACCGGAGGUUGAACCAUCUGGUAUUGAUGAGACACUGCAGGUAUGGGCAAGAGCAUUGUGGUUAAAGCCAAUAGAUGUUUAUGCUUUGCCAUAUGUUAUUCCUCAUUGAUUGGCUUCAUAACUUGUGGUUGUUGUGGUACACUUUACCCUCUCCCUUCCUACAUGGGAGAAAACCUAGCCAAGCUUGUGGAUAUAUGCAGUAGAGGCUGAGAUGGUAAAUUCCAGUUUCUUAUUUCUCAUUGGAACUGCGAAUUUCGUGGGAUUGGACUGAGCUUUUCUUGCAUCUUGCUCUACACUUUAGCAAUUGGGUGUAGAGCUAUAAUUUCUGAAAUAGAAAGGAAGCUCUAUCAAGUUUAUGUUGCUCAUCUCAAGAGCUAGGCUAUUUUAAUGGCAAUAUUGGGCCUCCUACUCCUAGCAAUACCAUGGGAAAAUUUUGAUUGAUUGAUUGAUUGAUUUGACUAUAAUUGGAAGCGGUUGAGAGAAGUUGUUUAGGUGGGAGCUUGUGAAAAUGAUUUGGUUAGACUUUACUCUUUAGAGCAAUGCCAAUGCCAGAGUUUUGUAAUGUUAUGAGUGAAAUAGAAAAUUAGGCGUUGUGGUGGGAGCUUGUGAAAAUGAUUUGGUUAAGACUUUACUCUUUAGAGCAAUGCCAAUGCCAAUGCCAGAGUUUUGUAAUGUUAUGAGUAAAAUAGAAAAUUAGGCGUUGUGGUGCUUUGCGAUUGCGAUUGCACCAAUCGAUUUUGUUAUUGUAUGAUAAUAAUAAUACUCUUAAUUCACAAAGAAAUGUAAGAUAGAAGGAAAUGGGAAGAGGUAGUAGUUGCUGAUAUAGUAAUAGUAAUAGUAAUAGUAAUAGUAAUAGUAAUAGUAAUAGUAAUUAGAUUAAUAGUUGUAUGUUUAUGAUUUAUCCCCUCCAGUUUGUAGUGUAGUCAUUCAUAGAUCUACCAAUUAAUACACUUCAUUAAAUGUUUUAACAAAUCCUAAACUUGUGUGAGAUGGUUUUCCACGACAUAUUCUUUAUAUAUGGGCUAAAUUUUCUAACUGACACAAUUUUUAGCAUAUAAUUUAUUUGUUUUGAGGUUGUUUCACCAAAAGAUGUUCUUUCACUAGACUAGCUCUUGAGAUUUUACUAUACUCUAUAAAGCAUCACUAAGUAUAACACACAUUCUAUCUCUUUUAUUCUCAUGCACCCACAUUUUAUCAUAU